AUGGAAAACGAUGUCACAACUCUCCGAACUUAUAAGAAAACGCCCCUGGUUGAGGUGCCGGAAGCCCCGCAUUAUAUCACCCGUUUUCUGCCCCCUACCUCGAAUUCCCUCCUCCUUUCACAUCCGAGUGAGCCAGGGAAAUCGUCAUCUCCCGAGCUGUUGUCGCCUCUUCUCGGCUCUCCUUUCAAUGAGCUUCGUUGUCCAAGCGGAUCCUCAAGUCAACCACGACUGAUAGAAGCUCCACAAGACGACGCGCAAAAGCUCGCAUCGAAAUUUGAUCGGAUGGAGCAGUUGCUUAAGGACUCUGGCUUUGACUCUCUCGGCGAAUUUCUGAAGAUCUUGUUCUACAACCCAAGCCGCGUCUCUGGACAGCCUGAUCCAAGAGGUGUAUGCCACGCCAAGUCUGUUGCUCGGUUUCUACAAGGGCGGAACAAGGUCAAAAUUUCAGACAUCAUAACUCUUGUCUAUAAGCACAAGCACAGCGCGCCUUCGCCGAGCUCACCACAUGCUUCAGAACGUCAUGCUCCGUUCUCACCAUCAGUCUCUCCUGCCGACUUCUUUUAUGCGCGUCCUUCUUUGUUCACGUGGGCGACGAAUCUCGUCGCUAAUCAUGUUCAUCGUGAGAUCUACGAACUUGCGGCUAAGGAUGACGAUGUCCAUCUCCGAGCUUCGACGAAUGGACGGCGUCCAACGGAUAGCAUCAGUCUCGUCACCUGGGAAGCUUUAGGAAGGUUUAGUAUUGCGGCCCUUGUGGAGAAAUACAAAAGUCGUGCACCUGUUGCUUGGCAUCUCACGGAAUGUAUGGCUGCCUCUCGCAAGAAUGGUGUUGUGGUGGUAAAGAAGCAACGGCCACAUCCGAUUAUUCAAGUGGGCGCUAUCAGCUCCUUUUUACUUGCACGCAACCACUUUGCUACCGGAGACCUUGCGAUGGCCUUGGGCAUAUGGCACUUUGCAGUCAAAUCCCACAUCGAUGUCAAACGCGUAUACAGUCGGUUCGGAAAUAUCGUAAGCGACUCGACAGUCCGUAAAGCUCUCGACACCAUGACUGGUUCCAGCCUUUCUAUUUUACGGGAGGCUGUCAAUGACGCGACUAAGCGGGGAGAAACGGAAUGGUGCCUAAUCCUCGAUAAUGUUCAAGAGUACUGCCCUGUUUACGAAGGAGGCAUCGGCCGCGAAAGUAUACUCAAGGUAGGGACCGCAGGAACUGCAAUACGCUUGGAGGAUUGUAAACCCGGUGCUUUCGACUUGGAAAGUCAUCUUUCACGUGUUGCUCAGAAGGAACGAAAGACUAUGACCAUCGAGACUCUGGUGGCCGACAUUGACUGGCCUCACUCAAGAAGAGUACAGGCACUGCACUGGGCUCGGGUUCUAGUUGACUACAUUCCCGAGCUCAAGUUUCUAUCUUCAGAGGUUUCUGCACGGUUUCGAUCACCUCCUGUUGCCAAGCAUCGCAUGCGAGACGGACGGAAGACAAUAGUACAACCUUUGGGAACCAACGCUGAGAGAGAGACUGAGACCCAGGGAAUGGCGCGAGCGAUCCUGGACUUUGACGAACAGAUGGGAAUUGGUCCUGAAGCAUCAAACAAACUUCUUCUCUGGGUUCGCGGUGACGGUGCCUCAUAUGCUGCAACCCUGCGACUACAGAAAUACCUGUGUCCUAUUCCUGACAAUCAUAAAUCUUUUCGAAAUCGCGUCUCCACACCGGAAAUCUGGCAUGCAAAAGCCACAAAGGUUAACUCAAUCGCCACAAAUCACUAUGGACCGCCAACGUCGAAAGACCCCUCAUCGCUGUCCCGGAGCUCGAACGCAGCUGGAUUUAAACGUCCGACCAACCUGAGUAGCUGUGACUAUUACCCCACAGUAAGAAGUAUGACAUUAAUUUGGGAGGCACAAGUUCUCGAUUGUUGGAGGGUAAAUUAUGGUGCCAAGCCAGAUCUCCUGUCGCACUUCAAGUCUUUGACAAGUAGAAAUGAGCUUCCGUCUCUUGAUACAUUGAUACAACAAGCUGGUUCUCUCAUCGAUCGAUACGCGUCUCAGGAUGCUUAUGAUCAAGCUCUAUCUAAGGCCGAAUCAAGCGACGCGCCUGAGCCUAUGAAAAUUUUAUUCGGGCCAGCAUGGACAAAUCAAUCUACUGGCUCUACAAAUUCAGCACCGGUCCCUCUUCUCCCAAAUGAGGACGUACCCAAGGUUCAUAAAGAGGCCGACGACUUUGACGGCGACCGUGUCCUUGCAAACAGCGUUCUCUUUCUUCAAGAUUUUGGCUGGUGGAUCGAAAUUGCCUAUGCUGUUUCAGAGGGUGAUAUAGGACGUGUUUUCGAGAUUUUGAAGAUCUGGAUAUUCACAUUUGCAGGAUCGUCUCACCACAACUAUAUGACGUACCUACUGGAAGUCUACUGUCUCCUGCGGUAUGAGGCAUCUAGAGACCUUCGUGACGCGAUCCUCAAUAACUGGCUUGUGAAUGUUACUGGCGAGCUUGGAAAGUGGAUUGAAGGAGAUUUGCUGCAAGAGCAUUACAAUCGUUGGCUUGAGGAUAUGGUCAAGAAAAGAGGUGGCGACUUCGACGAUAAUUUCUAUCGUCAAACUCUCUCACCAAAUGUCGACCAUUUCUUGCGAAUAAAGGAAGAGGUCGAGAAAGCUUUUCAACUCGAACGCCGUGGCAAGACACACACCUCCCCUCAUUUGAGGGAUGAACUUCGAUUGCUACUUACUUUAUAUGCAGACGAGAACUUGCACCUCUUCUGUGCUGGACGAACCCUAGGACAUGCGGCCGUCAACCAGUUCAAUCAAGGUUAUGACCGACUGCAGCAAAAAAAACUUAACGACUUUAUCAACAAGACAACGGCCUACGCAGACAUCAUUGCUGAUAUUCAAUCAUCUAAACAGGCCCAAGAGACUGCCGUACCUAGUUCCAAUUUGGAAGUGCAAGAUCAUUCGCAGCCUAGCAAUGACGAUUCUCUCAGCGACGUUGAAAGUGUAUCUGACAGUUCUAAGUCAGAUUCUGCAUCCUCGUCAACUCCUUCUUCUAGCGCUGAAACGGAAAAUGAAGACACUGAAGAUCCAAGCAAUAAUCACCUCGUUAGCGGCUCAGACUAUGAUGUUUAUUUGUCAAGCGACCAGUUGACACACAAAGCUUGGUAUGAGCAAGAAGGCAAGGAUAACUCAAGUGACGAAGAAGAUGAUGGUUUGGGGAAUGGAUUUUGUUCAGACGGAAGUGAUGAUAUCAAUGACACAGGAAAUGGUGCAUACGACUCUGAGUAG